CCAAGAGAUUCCUCUGUUCCUGGUAUCGAUGAAGAGGAACUAAAAAAAGGCUCAUUUUUAGAAUUGUCCCAUUUAGAAGCAACACAUUGUGGUUUUCAGUGACUCACACCAGCAGGCUUGCCGCACACAAAAUGCUUAUGAUCAAAUCACAAUUCCCAUAAAAUGAACACGCAUACAGUAGUUCACUUUCGGAACAUAACUGGGUCCAUUCCAAUUUUGUGGCCAAUACUUGCUGAUCACUUUGUUUUCAUGCCAUAGCAUGAGACUGUAACCUAAAUAAUCACCACCAACAAAUCAAGAUUACAGAGCGAGAAUCCGUCACCUUUGUGGAAAGUCAAUUCCCAGAAAAGCUAAAGAAACUAUCAAAACAUUACCUAAACUUUAGCCUUGACAAAAGUGACAAAGCAUAGAUUAGGAAUGCUCACUCCACCCAUGUCUCGCCCAAUGGGCGGAAUGAACUAACGUCCUACUGUCAUGGUGAUGGUUCAUCUGAAAUGUCCGCCUGACCAACGUCAGGCGAUUUUGGAUGAUCUCGUAGAGCGGGAUGGGUUUUGUGAUUGCUCGUUAGUCUCCGGAGGAGGGCGUGUCUUUCCAGCCCACAGACUGGUCUUGGGAGCCAUCUCUCCACUAUGUCUCAGUUUGAUGAGGGAUGCAGAGGCACGGGGUGAUAUUAGAGAGGAUCAUGGGCGGGUGGAACUGUAUUUACCUGACUUCUCACCUCAAGUUCUUGAGGAUUUUCUUCAAGUGAUCUAUGGCCUUCGUCGAGAUUCCGUCGGGGAGGCUGGUCCCUUGCUGACAUUAAUGGGAGUCCACCCUUCAGCCCAUGCAUCUACGUUGUUGCACAGCACCAAGCCUGAUUUCAUCAAGGAUGAACCUUCGUUGAUCCCAGUGUCUCAAAGAGGCCAAAAGAAGCAGACAGUUGCUCGACGAAGGUCUCAGCGAUCCAGACCCGCCAAAAAGACCCAAAUCCAGGAAGAAAGUGAUGAGGAUUGGAUGCCUGAGUUGGAACGUGGUGCCUACCCAUUGGUCUUUGCCAAUCAAUUAUUGUCUGAUGAGGAAGACAAUGACGAGAAAGAAGUUCAACAGCGGAUUAAUCCAGAUCCCCACAUUGAAGUAGACGGGAAUCUCAAAAAUGAGCGCAAUAGUGGCCUUUGGAGCAUGGAGGAGUGCCGUUCCAUGCUCAACACAGUUGGUGCGCAACUUGAUAUGGACUGGUCUGAGCCUAUCCAUUUGACCAAUCCACGCUCACAAUUGGCUCAUAUCAAGCGAGAUUCCGCCUACAGAGCCUUGGUAGGCCUGAGAUCCUCGUCAGCAGGCCUUGAAGGCAAACUGCUGGCCUUUAGCGACCCGGAAGAUGCAAAGGAAAUGGAAACCCAAUUUGAGGACACCUCAAUGGCCAUGAAGGACGUGGCCGGCUUCUCAAAUGGCGAUGUGUUCUUUCACACGUCCUACUACACCCGUCAGAGUCUCAGCACACCCAGGAGCGUGAAAGAACUCAAAGAGUCACUAAAAGGUAAAAUGGAGAGGUUGACCACUGAACAACUGCAUCAUAUCAUGAGCUCGGAAAAAAUGCUUCCCGUCAUGGCUCGCACUGAAGCCAGAGGGUUGAGGAAUCUCCAAGAGAGGACCACCCUUAGAGUUACCAUCUGUUCCAACAUCACUAGUCUUGAGAUGGAAGAGGUUAUUCUGGUGUGCUUCCCAAGUAAAUCAAAAGCCCUUCACUUCAAGCAGAUUGUAGUCAAUGCAGAUCGGAUCACUGAUUGCGCCAAAAUCUGGGUGGACGUUCUGCUCGACGUGUGGUGCACGAGUCGCCCUUCACUACCACGAGCAGAAUUCCUGCUCGACCGGUUUCAAAGUGUGACGGAACCAAUGACGGUCUACUUUGCCGCCAAAAGUGUACUCGAUAGUCGGCAAGUGGUGUGCUCAGACUGCGGAGAGACAUUUCCCAUGGUGACAGCCAAGAAACGGGAGGCCUGGAACCGACACCAAGAGAUGCACAAACUGCAGAAGUUCGAGUGCGACUGUGACGUGAGCUUGAACACCAAUGUGGAGAAAGAGAACCACGUGAAGCUUUUCCAUUGCAAUGGCAAGUACCUGAAGUGCGCCGAUUGCGAGUUUAUUGGGUCAGAGAAGGAGUUGUCAGAGCACCGCAACUUCAACCAUCAGACCUACAUUUGCGAUAUUUGUGGAACCGUGAGCAUGAACCUCAAGCGCCACAAUGGCCAUUUGCUCACACACAGGGUUUCCAAAUGCGACGUUUGUGGCGAGGAGUUCCAGGGUCCUUCGAAGCUGUUUCGCCACAAGAGCAACGUCCAUGGGAAGGACUUUAGUUGUGAGGACUGCGGGCACGUCUUCAAGGGUAGAUUGAAGUGGAUGUUGCAUAAAAAACGAGCGCACGAGGAAGGUGCCAGGUUCAUUUGUGAUCUGUGCGGUCAGAGCUUCAACCGUAAACUAACGAUGAAGCGCCACAAAAUCAGUGUUCACAUCAAAAACCGACCUUUUGUCUGUCGCUAUGGUUGUGGAGCAGAUUACAAUGACGAAUGCAAUUUACGGACCCAUGAAAAACGCCGCCACGGAGGCGUGUUCAAACAGGGCAGCUUUCUUUACAUCUACAAGAAUAUUUAGUACAUGUUCCAGAUUUCAAAAAUCAACACAAUAUGGUCAUUUCUUUUCGUUGCUGUUGCUGUAAUUCUUUCACGCGGAAUAAUCAUUACGAAGCCAUUACCAUU